AUGUCGGAGCGCAGCAACGUCUCAGCCUCUGGCCCCAGAGCCAAUCCUCUCUACGGCGGACCAGCUAACCCCAGCGCGGGAAACCGAACCCCUUCAUGGGCGCGUAAAUCCGGCGUAGGCGGUGCCCGGCCGUCGUUCAGCGAUGCCGCCUCUUCCCCCCCUGAUUCCCCCGCGCGCUCCGCCCGAAGCAACAACGGCCCAUCCUACUACGCUCCGCACUACGAGCACCCCGGCUACACCGUCGAAACGCCCGGCGCUAACGACGCUAUGCUGGGGCAAUCCCCGUUCCGCGCGCCCCGUUACUACGUGCAGACGCCCGCGCACUCCGAGCGCCCCGGCUCCCCCAUGUCGUCAGUCCCCGACUCCCCCGCGCACACCAUGUCGUACGAUAUGCGCAGUGUGCGGUCCGGGAAGCCAGGCUCGUCGCGCGUCUACGGCGCGCCGGCUCGUCCGGCCGCGGCGCCGCUUGCGUCGCGGAUCAACGAGGAGGGCGACGAGGAGGAGCAGCUGUACGAGCCGCCGGCGAAGGAGGCGUCGGGAGGGCGGUCGAAGCGGAGCAAGCGGUUCUGGACGAUCUGCAUUGUGGUGGGGAUCCUGGCGCUCGUCCUUGCGGCCGUUGCGACGGGCAUCGCGCUUUACUACGUGUUCCAGCCUGAUGCUCCCACGUACACCUUCGAUUAUGCGACGCUCAACGAGUUCCAGAUUGUGAACAAGCUCGCUGACGGAACCGGCUUGCCGACAGACCAGCUUUUCGCCAACGUUACUUUCGUAUUUUCUGCGAUCAACCCGAACGGAAAGUACACGCUACAGGGCGAUGGUGGUCUGCUGCAAGUCGGCUACAGCUCCAUUCCUACCCUCAUGCAAGGAGGGGUCCCCUAUUUCGCCCUCAGCUCUAAGAACUUCACCAACUUCACUACUCCCCGUGACCGCGUCUGUCCUUUCGCGCCCCGUGUUUCCCGCCGUGCCUGCGUGUGUUCCGCAGUGAGCCCGCGAGUGCUCGUUCUUGCUCCAGAUGAGGACGUGGCGACGCGCAUAUUCCUCGAGUCGCAGGCGGGGCCGAACGUGGGCGUGUGCGUGCUCUCCGCCAACGGCUCUAUUUCCAGCGCCACGCUGCGCGACCCUUCUGGCGGCGCCAACACCACCAUUCACGAGGGUCGCUUUGAGCUGCUGAACAUGUCGGGCUCGUUUCUGCCGCACGACCCAGCGGACCCCGAUGGGCGAAUGGGCGGGCUGAGCGUGAGCCUCGUCAGCUCCAACGGCCGCGUCGUGGGUGGCGGCGUGGCGGGCCGCCUCGUUGCUGCCACGCCCGUGCAGGUCAUACUGGCCACGUUUCUGCACGACCCCAGCAAUCUGGCCACGCCUGGGUCAAGGCCAGCUGCUGGGAAGUAA